UCUCGACAUGGCAAAAUGUUACGGCAAAGACAGAGAAUGGAUUACCCGGUAUUAGCAGCGUGUCUCGUCUCCCUGUGUCUCUACCUCAACACCCUUGAUGCAGACUUCGCCUACGAUGAUAGUCGGGCAAUCCAGAAGAACCAAGACUUGUUACCAGAAACACCCUUGGUGAAUAUUUUCUUUGAUGACUUCUGGGGGACACCUCUCACACAUAGUGGCUCACACAAGUCCUACCGACCACUCUGUGUCCUGUCCUUCAGAUUCAACUAUGCCUUGGGAAAGCUAAAUCCCUGGGGCUACCACUUGGGUAAUGUCCUCCUGCAUGCAAUGGUCACAGCAGUCUUCACCUGUCUAGCGCAAAAGGUGCUGAAGAGGAAAUUUGCAACCUAUGUAGCAGGACUGUUGUUUGCAGCCCACCCCAUACACACUGAAGCUGUUGCUGGCAUUGUUGGUCGGGCUGACAUUGGUGCAUGUCUCUUCUUUCUUCUUACAUUCCUGAGUUACAUGAAAUAUGUGGAAUACCGAACUUCCGCCCACAUGGCCUCCCAUCGUUGGCUGUAUGUGGUCAGUGUUUGUGUAUUCACCGUGGCAAGUCUACUGACAAAAGAACAGGCCAUUGCAGUUCUUGGUGUCUGUGCUACAUACGAUGUUUUUGUCUUUCAUCGCGUGAAACUUCAGGAAAUACUGCAGCUACACAUCUUCACCAUGAGCCAUUUUCGAGGUCUGUGUGAGGGACUGGUGCUACUUGCGACGUGUGGUAUCUCUCUCGUGGCUACCAGAAUCUACUUCAUGGGGAACAAACCACCAGAGUUCGCUCCCUCGGAUAACCCAGCUUCUGACUCUGAUUGCCUGAUGACUAGAUUUCUAACCUAUCACUUCCUGCCUACUCUUAACAUAUGGCUGCUCCUAUGUCCCUCAAUCCUCAGCUUUGAUUGGUCCAUGGAGUCUGUGCCAUUGGUUGAAAGACUCAGUGAUUAUAGAAAUGUAUAUACAGUCAUCAUGUACAUUUCAAUAGCCUAUUUUGCUCAGGUUAUUUUAAAGCAGUUGAACCAAACAGUCAGAAAUCCAUACCUGGGACUGAAAACACAGAUGAAUGGCAAUGGGGUUCACCAUAAUGUCAAUAAUGGUAAAAUAAACCCAACCAAUUGCAAACCAAGGUUAAAAAGACGAGAAUCUGCAAGUUCUUCUGAGAAUGAAGAACUUGUGACACCAUCUUCUGUAUCUGCUAAACACAGCAAUGUGCUCAUCGUUUCUUUAGCCAUAAUUAUUUUUCCAUUUAUACCAGCCUCAAAUUUAUUUUUCUAUGUAGGAUUUGUCAUAGCUGAAAGGAUUUUGUACAUUCCUAGCAUGGGGUUUUGCCUUUUGAUUGCUGAAGGAGCAGAAAUCCUGUACAGCAUGUGUUCCAGUCCUGGCAAGAGACGCCUUGUACUCAUGGCUGUUGCUGUGAUACUGAUGCUGUUCAGUGCUAAGACUGUCUCUAGGAACUUUGCCUGGCACACUGAGGAGAAGCUUUACACUUCAGGGAUCAAGGUGAACCCAGCCAAAGCCUGGGGAAACUUGGCCAAUGUUUGGAACGAGCAGGGCCGGACAUCAGAUGCUGAGGAGGCAUAUCGUAAUGCCCUUAGAUACAGAGGCAACAUGGCUGAUGUCCACUACAACCUUGGCAUCCUGCUGCAAGAACAGAAACGAUUCCAUGAGGCCUUGGAGAGUUAUCAGCGAGCAAUACACUACCGACCCAAGCUCUCAAUGGCACAUCUAAACCUUGGCAUCCUAACGGCUCAGUUUGGUCAAAAUGAAAAUGCUGCCAAGAUAUACCGUCACUGUGCUGAUCUGGACACAUCUGGCCUUAAGGACCCUAGACUACAUGAGGCAACAAAAAUAUCCUGCUUGUACAACCUUGGACGCCUUUAUACAGAGGAAGAACGAUAUCAGGAGGCAUUGUCAGUUUAUGAGGAGGCUCUCAAACGUCGGCCCUCCCACUAUGCACCCCAGUCGCUGUACAACAUGAUGGCUGGAAUAAGUGAGGUAUACAGCAAGAUGGGCGACCUGGUGACAGCAGAACGCUGGUAUCGAAAGGCUCUCAAGUCCAAGCCAGACCAUGUUCCUGCACAUCUCACUAUAGCCAAGCUACUGCAGAAGAAGAAACAAUAUGAAGAAGCUGAGAAAUGGUUCAAGAAGGCAUCUGCCAUUGAUUCCAAGGAUGCCAGUAUAGAUCACCACUAUGCCCAGUUCCUGACAGAGACUGGCCGUCACAUAGAAGCAGAGGUCCGCUACAGAUUAGCACUGUCAAAAACAACACCAGACUUUGAGCUUUUGUUUAAUGCAGCAAAUGCCUUCAGGCAAAACAGUAGAGACCUUGAUGCAGAGGGCCUGUACAGGAAGGCUGUCAUUCUGAAGCCGGAGUUGCCAUCAGCUCACAUGAAUCUGGGUGCUAUCCUGCAUAUCAAUGGGAAGUUGGCCGAGGCUGAGCGCAGCUACCUGUCUGCUCUCAAACUGAAACCUGAUGAUUCUAUGACAAUGGCCAACCUACAGAAGCUGCGAAACCUCAUGGCCAACACAGAAAGGAAGGGAACUCCAUAAUGUCAUUCCCAUUCAAGUGAUGUUUGUGAUUAUAUGAAGAUGUCUUAAUGUCAUUCCCAGUGACUUUACAUGAUCAUGUUCUAAACAAACUGAAAAAGAGUAGAAGGCUGAUUUAAUACUGUAUUCUGAACUGUCGCUGUCUCGAUCAGUGCCAUGUCACUGCUGCAUACUAGAUGGGAGCUCGGUAAUGUUUCCCACAACUACAAGGAUUUAGAAGGAACCCCAAGUAUUCCACACUGAUAUGGACAUAGCUAGGUUCACUACUUGUCUUCAGUAAUGAAGGAGGAAUGUUCCUGUUUAAAAAUUACUAUUUGAAAACAUUUAUGGAUCAUGUUAUGUUACAAAUACAUUGAAAAAUGUUAUAUUCCUAAUGUUAAGUGGAUAUGUGCUGCAUCAACAUUAAAGUCCCAACCAAAGUCGAUGCCCAUGUUAAGCUGUUUCUAGUGUAUAUAUUUUUACACUGUUUUUUCCUGUCUAUUGUUAAAUGAUAUUACUAUUUAUGAUCUGUACAAUAUGUAGACUUGACAACAUUCCUGCAACUGGCACCACCUUUAGCUGUCAGUGUAAGUAUCACACAGUAUGCCACAGAUGUGAGAUUUAGCCUUGCUUGAAGAGAGGCAUACAUUUAUAUAGAUAUAUAUUUAACUACACAUAUAAUCUCUAUGCAAAUUGUUGUCAUUGCUCACACAGAGAGUAUGUAUCGUCACACUGUGGUAGUGAAGACACAUCAAAUACUAGCAUACAUAAAUUGUGCCUUGACCUACCUUAGACCUGUGAUUGUGUUGAGUCAUAAUGUCUCAACCUGUAGCCUGCACACAGAAGAUUAGCCUACUGAUUGAGACUAUCAGGACAAGGGAUAAUCACAAUGUGCCAAACAGUCUGGACCCUUGAUACAAGAUCUGACAUUUUCUAUUACUAUACACAAGGAAACCAAUAAGUGCCACAAUGCCAAAACCAAAUAGAUUACAUACAGAUUCAAAUAAUGGAUAAGAGAUGUGUCAGCACUUGUGGAGAGAUCAACCUUCAUGUUCUGGAGGUUACUUAUGACCAAUGCAUCACAUCCUGCUGACACCAUGAAGAAAUGAGCUGAUAACUGCCACAGAAAUAGGCUGAAUACAGUCAAGUAGUGUGUAAGACUCACCUGGCCUAUUGGAUCAUCUCAGAUUUUGGUAUUUGUGGGGUUAGUUGUUUUUUUUACCUUUGUCUUCUAGUAUCUGUUUUGGGUAUCAUGAACCUUUUCACUGUUUUAGCUCGCCUGAACUUAAGUUCAAGUGAUUUUUUUUGUAGCUUUGGUGCAUUGUCUAUUGCUCUGUCCAACACUAGAGCAUAAACUUACAGUUUUCACUUCCUCCCUGUAACUAUAAUGCCUCUGGUCCAGUAACUUUGAUUGGAUGAUUCAAAUUAUGUAUCUAUAUCAUGCUCAUGAAAUUUUGUUCUUUUUAACAUGUGGUUGCUAUGGUAGCCAUACUGGAGAUGUCAUAAUUGUCAAGUAGUUGGUCAUUUCUGCAUGUAUAAUUAUGAAAUAUGAGCCACAGCUUUAGGUCUGUGGAAUAUAAUACUACUUUCUCUCUGCUCUCCCUGCCUCUCCCCCCCACAGCUCCCCCCCCCCCCCCCCCCCCCCCCCCCCCACACACACACACUUUCACUUUUGACAUUUCCUCUGAAACCACCUUUUUUAAUGUAAUUUGUGUGUAUGAUUACAACAAUAAUGUGUCUAAUUCCAGUCCCAGUCAGGUGGGAUACAGAGUCUUGUGGUACUAUGUUUGUUUUGUAAUGUAUUGCCUUUGGCAGGCAAACUUACAGGACCCACAUCGGCUGGAAAAUGCCUUUAAUUUAGAUGCUGCCUUAAAAUGCAUGAUCUGUGAAUCCCUUGAAUUUCCCUAACUACUUCAUGUCAAUUACUUAAUUAAAGACAUCUGCCCUGAGAGCGGAAGGUCGGUGGUUCAAUCCCUGGCCAUAUGGCUUCUUAUUCAAUACCCCAAUAGGAGCGCAGCGAGAAUAGUGUCGAACCAGUCAAACAGGAUAUCCUUCAAUAUUCUUCUUGCAAAUGGCUCUGUGUCAUGUUGGGUCAAAGUUCCAGGUCACGACAGAAGAAACUCAUUGAAAAGUUUGUGAAUCUGUCUACGCUUGACUUUGAUUAAUCCGGAUCUCUGUCAAUACUGACCAAGUUUACAGCCCUGAAUUUAACUGCAUUCAUUUAUCAUCAACUAAAGUCUGUCUGAUCCAGAUUUACUUCACUCCAUAUGCAGACCAAUUUAUUAUGUAAUUGAUGGUCUCGAGUCCUGAUUAACUUCACACACGUCCUCGCAUGUCCAGUAAUCUGUUUUCAUUAACAAAGAAUGUGAUGACACAAGAUUGAUUGAUGUUGAGAAUGGCCUUGGCUCUAUGGUAACAUACCUUACAUCAUAGCAUACAAUAAAGUUUUAUUCUAAAUUCCAUUUACAUAACUAUCAAAUACCUCAAACAGAUACAUUUGAUAAGGAUUUAUAGUAUAUUUGACUGUUGAGAUUAAGUUUGUUUGAAUAAUAGUGUUUACCCUUUCUCUCCCCUUCUUGUCAUGUGAUGUCUUUCUUCUCUGAAAAGAAUGCCAGAAAAUGGGAAAUAAAGCAUGUUGAGACAGGUCAGGUCAACCAGGGAUGACUGUAAAUGUUCCAAGUAUUGUUUCACAAGUUAAUCGGAUCUUUUGAAUGUAAAUAUGCCUUAUACAAACAUAAAUAUGUUAUUUGCACAUGGUAUCUCAGUGGGCUAGCGCUAUUAAGAAUGAUUUUAGUCGCUCACACAUGCAUGUCUCUAUAGUAAUGCAAUAAUCUUGAAUGCGAUAUUAAGCCCCAUUUUACCUCAUCUAAUUUAGCAAAGCCACAUCUGGUACUGCGGGAGGCAAUGUCAUUGUUUUGAAUAUUUAUUGUGUUUAUUUGUGAUCAGUUAAGACAAGUGGGCUUUGCCAGUGUAGGCUGGAUUCCAAGCAUCAUGGUCAUGUACACGGUGGACAUCAAGAGACAUAUGGUAACUGUUUGCUAGAAUCAGAUUUGUCUCUCAUUCAGACUGCUGUCUAAACCAGACUUUAUAAAUCUCAGUUCACACCAGUCUGAUUUAGACAGAUUCCACUGUGCCUACUCUAGGAUGGGACCCUGCUGUUAAAAGAUUAAGGUAUUGAGGUUUCUGUGAACCGUGAUUUUUUCAUUCUUUGGUAGUAGCUUUGCACAGUUACAUGUAGAAUCUUUAGAUUUUAGAGAAUCAUUAGUAGUUCAACUGAUUUAUAUCAAAGUCAAGGCCACAGCGUCAUUGAAUGGAGUCAGUAAAAUGUUGUUUAGCAGUGGUUGUAGUAUUUAGAUAUAUAAUUUAUGGACAACAGCUAAUGACGUCAUAACAGUUUUGGUUCACCGCAACCAGCAGUGCAUCUUAAUUACUUUUUAAGUAAGAUUGAGGUACAGGGAAUGUCCUUCUUUAAAGUCCUCCUGCACUGUAUAAAUAUGUUUCUUAAAACCAGAGGUGACACUGGAUAUGUUACUUUCUUAUUAUUAGGCUUGGAAGAGCUCAAGUUUUCCUUCAUUAGGCAUGUAAGUUCCUGGUCCAGAUUGGAAUUUUAUUUAAGUUCUUUGUUAUUGUAACUGGAGACAUGGUAUUUUCUGGAUUGAGAUUUUUCAUAGUAAGCAAGUACCGUAUUCAACGUAAUAAGCGCCCAGGGCGCUCUCAAAAUUAGAAAUAGGGGGCGCUUAUUAGAAUAUUAUUUUGAGUUGAAAGCUCGUAAAUUUCGUGGUUUAUGCUAACAGCCUGAAA